CAUUGGGUGAAGGGGGUUGGACUAGAUGACCCUCAGGGUCCCUUCCAAUUCUACCAUUCUAUGGACCUCUGCUUAAAAGUCUCCAAGAAGGAGAGUCCACCACCUUCUGAGGGAGACUGUUCUGCUGCCGAACAGGUCUCUCUUACUGUCAGAAAAGUUCUUCCUGAUGUCGAAUCGGAAUCUUCUUUUGUGUAACUUAAAUCCAUUGGUACAGAUCCUACUUUCCGGAGCAGGAGAAAACCGGCUUAGCUUAUGCCUGUGGCUUGCUUUUCCUUGCAUCUGGGAGUGCUCCCUUGCCUUUGCCAAACUGGUGCUCUCCAAAUUGUGGUUGGACUUCAGCUCCCAUCAGCCCCAGCCAUCAUCACAAAUGGUAAAAGGCAGUGGGAGCUGUAGUCCAGCCACACCUGGCAGGGAAACUGGCAUAGGAUUCAUGCUUCCUCCGUCUCCCCCACAGCCACUGCGAUGCCAUUGGAGGACCCACCUGGAUCGUCUCUUCUUUGGGCUGGAGCGCAAAAUCCGGCAGAUGCCUCAGGGAGCAGUUGUGCAUGUGGGGGAAAUUACCUUCAAAUGAAGAACCCUCCUUUCUUUCAACGGAGAAGAAGGUGACUGCGUAUUUCGCCAAGGGGGAGUAAAAUCUCCCGGAUCCAGACCACAGAGCUUUGUAGAUGGAAGCCACGAUGGAGAGUUGUGGGAAUCUGGACUCUUUGGGCGACAGUCAGAAGGACAAUGAGAAUUCUGCAGAGCCAUCUGAGGUGUCAUCAGAAACGGCCCAGCAUGCAGUGGGAAAGGAGCUGCUUGGCUUUCAAAAGGGAUGGAAAAAGCACAAGGGAAACCAGCCGAAGGCAGGGAGGAAGACGUUCUCUACUUCUCCGGGUGCCAGUGUCCACAAACUCCUAAUCCCACAGGAAGAUCAGAAAGGAAAUAGAAAAGAAAAAUGCCCGGAGUGUGGGAAAACAUUCAAAGAUAAAUCAAACUUGAACAGGCAUUGUAGAACCCACACAGGGGAGAAACCCUACGAGUGCCUGGAAUGUGGAAAGAGCUUUGGUCACAGUCACCAUCUUACCGUUCAUCAGAGAACUCACACUGGGGAGAAACCCUAUAAAUGCACGCGGUGCGGAAAAGCCUUCAGCGACAGCGGAAGCCUUACUACCCAUGAAAGAAUUCACACAGGGGAGAAACCAUACAAGUGUACGGACUGUGGAAAGAGCUUCAGCAACAGCGGAAGUCUUCAUACACAUAGGAGGACUCACACGGGCGAAAAACCGUAUAAGUGCCUGGAAUGUGGAAAGAACUUCAUCCAUAGCGGAAGCCUUCAUGCACAUCAGAGAAUCCACACAAGGGAGAAAAUGUACGUAUGUAUGGACUGCGGGAAAAGUUUUGCUUCCGGCAGCCCCUUUAACGCACAUCCCGAAACCCACACAGAGGAGAAACCUUAUAAAUGUAUGGCGUGUAGAAAGAGGUUCUUCAGUGGCGGAAGCCUUAAUUCUCCACCAAGAAUCCACCCAGGGGAGAAACCAUACGAGUGCAUUGUGUGUGGGAAAAGCUUCAGUGAUGGCAAAAGUCUGACCGCGCAUGAAAUAAGUCACACGGGGGGAAAGCCAUAUAAGUGCCUGGAGUGCGGGAAAAGCUUCCGCCAAAGCUAUAAUCUCACGUCACAUCAGAAAACUCACACCGGGGCGAAACCUUAUAAAUGCAUGGCGUGUGGGAAAAGCUUCAGUCGUAGUGGGAGCCUUCUUUCCCAUCAGAGAACCCACACGGGAGAGAAGCCCUAUAAGUGUAUGGAGUGUGGAAAGAGCUUCAUCGAGAGCCAGCAGCUUACUUUACAUCAAAGAACUCACACGGGAGAGAAGCCCUAUAAAUGCACGGAGUGCGGGAAGACCUUCAGCACGAGCGGAAGCCUUAGCAGGCACCAAACGACUCACACAGGGGAGAAGCCCUUUAAAUGUGCUGAGUGUGGGAAGAAUUUCGGUCAGAGGACACACCUUACUAAACAUGAAAGAACGCACACAGGCGAGAAGCCCUACAAAUGUACGGAGUGCGGGAAGAGCUUCAGCACGGGCGGAAGCCUUCACAGGCAUCAGACGACCCACACAGGGGAGAAACCUUUCAAAUGCUCGGAAUGUGGGAAAAGGUUCAGCCGUCGAGGGAAUCUCAAUACACAUCAGAGAACCCACACAGGGGCAAAGCGACGUGAGCAUGUGGAAUGUGAGAAAAGCUUCUGUGCAAGCGGCAGCCUUACCUCGUAUCAGUGGAUCAGUGAAGAUGGUUAGCUGUAUCUGGUAUAAAUGUCUGUAUUAAUGUGCAUUUGUUAGUUUCAAAAAAUUAGGGUAGCCGUGUGGGGCAAGACUUUUCUGGCACCUGAAAGACUGAAACCAAUUUAUUGAGGCAUAAGCUUUUAUGGCCUAAAGUUCACAUCAUCAUUUACCGUACAUGGUUUUAUCUCAGUCAGGAGGCACUCCCCCAAUUUGUGCACACACACCCUCAGUUUUUGUGAGGGUUCCCUUCCAGGUCAUCAUGAAUGUCAACGGUGCACAGGUAAGCCCGCCACACCCUGUUGCACCCACUUCCAGGGCCGAAAAUGGGGUAUCCAUGCUUUGAACACAUGCGCAAAUGGGGAGUUGCCUGUAUACACAUGUGGGUGUACAAAGAAAAAUCAAAAUAUUGAGGUUCAAUGGAAAGGAAAUGCAGAAAAUGCUGUGACAAGUAAGUUAAGCUUCAGGGAAAAAGAGUGACUGUGCCUAAGUAAUAACACAAGCAUCCUAGAGUUGCUCAGUUAAUUGCUGAGGUUGUAUUUCUUGCGUAUAAGAAAAUUUAAAUUGCCCCAGGAAGCGUUGAUUCAAUUUUACAGAGGUAUCAUUGAAACUGUUCUCUGUAAUUCUAUUACUGCCUGGUAUGGCACGGCCUCCAAGAUGGACAAGAAAAGGCUCCAACGAGCAGUCAGAAUUGCAGAAAGGGUAAUUGGUGCUAGUUUGCCUUCAAUAGAGUCACUUCAUGCUAUCUGAACUAGGAAGAGAGCAAAGCAAAUUGUCCCAGAUCCUUUGCAUCCCAGUCAUCAGCUGUUUGAUUUACUUCCAUCUGGACGUCGCUACAGGACUCUAUACACAAAACCGGCUAGGGACAGGAACCGUUUCCCCCCAUGUGCCAUCAAAUUGUUAAAUUCGUAGUUGUGUAGCGGAAGAGGAGGUCAGUUCCUUUGUUGUGUUACUGUAUUGUGCAACAGUAUUAAAGUAUGUUUACAUUGCAAUGUCUGUUGUCUUUGUCCAUGGAGUUUUCUUGGCAGGGAUACUGGAGUGGCUUGCCAGUUCCUUCUCCAGGUGGAUCACGUUUAGUCAAAACUCUCCACUAUGACCUGUCCAUCUUGGGUGGCCCUGCAUGGCAUAGCUCAUAGCUUCUCUGAGUUAUUCAAGCCCCUUCGCCACGACAAGGCAUUGAUCCAUGAAGGGGGAAUAGAAGGGGAAGAAAUGGAGGCAGAAGGGGAAAUAGAAGGGGAAGAAAUGGAGGCAGUGAGAGAUUUCACCUUCUUGGGCUCCUUGAUCACUGCAGAUGGUGACAGCGGUCACGAAAUUAAAAGACGCCUGCUUCUUGGGAGAAAAGCAAUGACAAACCUAGACAGCAUCUUAAAAAGCAGAGACAUCACCUUGCCGACAAAGGUCCGUAUAGUUAAAGCUAUGGUUUUCCCAGUAGUGAUGUAUGGAAGUGAGAGCUGGACCAUAAAGAAGGCUGAUCGCCGAAGAAUUGAUGCUUUUGAAUUAUGGUGCUGGAGGAGACUCUUGAGAGUCCCGUGGACUGCAAGAAGAUCAAACCUAUCCAUUCUUCAGGAAAUCAGCCCUGAGUGCUCCCUGGAAGGACAGAUCGUGAAGCUGAGGCUCCAAUACUUUGGCCACCUCAUGAGAAGAGAAGAAUCCUUGGAAAAGACCCUGAUGUUGGGAAAGAUUGAGGGCACUAGGAGAAGGGGACGACAGAGGACGAGAUGGUUGGACAGUGUUCUCGAAGCUACGAACAUGAGUUUGACCAAACUGCGGGAGGCAGUGCAAGACAGGAGUGCCUGGCGUGCUAUGGUCCAUGGGGUCACGAAGAGUCGGACACGACUAAACGACUA